GGAUCCCUGAGGUUUCCCUGAAAUUCAUAAUAAUUUUACUGAUAAAAAUACUUCUUAAAUUUCACACAGAUUAAAUCACAAAUUAUCCUAACGUUUGGUGGCAUGUAAUAUCCUUAGACGACAAAGAGUAAUGGGAGGAAAAAAGACCGAGCAAAUGAGUGCGUGAGAGACAGAGAGAAAGAGAGCGCGAGCGAGCGAGAGAGAGAGGGAGAAACAGAGAGAGGAGGGUCUCUUUUCCAGACUCAUGCGUGGAUUUCUCACUUCUGACUGCCUUCUCACUCGGUGAGAAUCAAACGCGCAAUCGGGCGCUAAGGAUAACUUUGCGAGGACAGAGACGUGAGGAUAGCGAAGACGGACUUUUCGCAGAGGCAUGGACGCCAGCCGUUUGGUGAUAAACAUGGAGUUUAGAAGAGGUGGCUGGCUGUCCUGUUCUACCGUUCUCUUGGCCCUUGCCUCUGUCUUUGGAGCGAGCAAUUAUUACUGUGAAGACCCUUUGGUGACCUCCUUACCACCAGGCUCUUUUGACAGUUCCUCAAGAUUCUCCAGCAACCACUUGCCACAGUUUGCAAAGCUAAAAAACAGAGACAGUGGGGGCGGCUGGUCACCUGACCGAGAGGAUCAGCACCCGUGGCUGCAGGUGGACCUUCGGGAGCGCAUGGAGGUGACGGCCCUGGCCACUCAGGGCCGCUGGGGCAGCCAGGACUGGGUCAGCCAGUACCAGCUGCUCUACAGCGACUCAGUCCGGGCCUGGAGGCAGUACCGCCACAGUGACGUGCUGUGGACCUUUCCAGGAAACACAGACAUGGACUCCAUGGUCCACCACAAGCUGCCCCAUCCCAUACGAACCCGUUUCCUGAGGCUGGUACCCCUGCAGGGAAACCCCAGAGGUGGCAUGGGCCUAAGAGUAGAAGUGUACGGCUGCACAUACAAGUCAGAUGUGGCAGAUUUCGAUGGCCGCAGCGCAUUGCUGUACCGGUUCAAUCAGAAGUCGAUGAGCACGGUGAAGGACGUGAUCUCGUUGCGCUUCAGGAGCAAGCAGGAAGACGGGGUGCUGGUCCACGGGGAGGGCCAGAGGGGCGACUACAUCACCCUGGAGCUCCAGCAGGGGAGGCUCAUCCUACAGCUUAACCUGGAUGACUCUAAGCCCCGCAGUGGCAUCACCCGUUCGUCUGUGACGUUGGGCAGCCUGCUGGAUGACCAUCACUGGCACUCUGUCCAGAUCGAGCGCUUCAGCCGGCAGGUGAACUUCACCGUGGACCACCACACCCAGCACUUCCGAACCCAGGGCCAGGAGGACUCUCUGGAGGUGGACUAUGAGCUCAGCUUUGGGGGAAUCCCUCUGCCUGGCAAGCCAGGGACUUUCCUGAAGGAGAACUUCCAUGGCUGUAUGGAGAACCUGUACUACAACGGAGUGAAUAUCAUUGACCUGGCGAAGAGACGCAAGCCGCAGAUCUACAGCACGGGGAACGUGACCUUCCAUUGUUCCGAGGCUCAGCCACUGUCCGUGACGUUUCGCAGGCCCGACAGCUUUCUGACGGCACCCGCCGACCUUGGGACGGAGAGCUUCUCCGUCCGCCUUCAGAUCCGCACGUGGAACCGCGAGGGGCUCAUUGUCAUCGCUCCGUUGGCAUGGGAACCCCUGCAACAGCUGUACCUGCGGCUCAUCUUACAGCUCCAGGGGGGGCGAGUGCUCCUCUCCCUCGACAGCCACGCCAACCCCCCCACACACGUCUACUCAGAACAGACAGUGAGUGACGGACAGUGGCACUACCUGAGAGUGGAGAUGAAGGACAGGCAGAUGUUUCUGACCGUAGACAGGCAGAGACCCGUCAUCUCUGAGACCAAGCUCCACGUCACCGGUGUGAAGAGACCGGCUAUCUUGUUGUUUGGGGGAUGCGCCGUGUCCCAACCCGACCUUGUCUGCGAGGGCGCCGCCUUGGCAUUCCAGGGAUGCAUGCGCCUCAUGUUCGCAAACAAUCACCCUGUCAACCUCCUUCAUGUGCAGCAAAGGACUCUGGGAAACUACAGCCAGCUAGAUUUUGAUGUUUGUGGAAUACGAGACAGGUGUACCCCGAACUACUGUGAACACGGGGGUCAGUGCUCCCAGAGCUGGAGCCAGUUCUACUGCGACUGCUUGGGGACAGGCUACACGGGAGCUACCUGCCACAGCCCGCUGUACGAGCGAUCGUGCGAAGCGUACCGCGGCAAAGCUGACCCCUCGGGCACUUACACCCUCGACCUGGAUGGAAGUGGACCGCUGGAGAGCACACCGGUGACAUGCAGCCAGACAGAGGACAAAGUGUGGACUGUGGUCGGCCAUGACCAAACGGAGCCUGUCCGAGUGCGGGGAUCCACACUGCAGAGCCCCUACACCAGGUCCCUAAACUACAGCCUCCCCCCCAGCCACCUCCAGAGCCUGGUCACCACUUCCCUGCACUGCCAACAGGAAGUCAUCUACCAGUGCAGGAAGUCACGACUAUUUGACACGUGGGACGGCACACCCCUCUCGUGGUGGCUGGACCGGGAUGGGGCGAAGAGGACGUACUGGGGGGGCUUCCUUCCUGGGGUGCAACAGUGCUCCUGCAGCCUGGAGGGGAACUGCAUGGACAUGAACUACUUCUGCAACUGCGACGCGGACCGCGACGCAUGGGUAAAUGAUACUGGCCUGCUGUCUUACAAAGAUCAUUUGCCCCUGAGAGAAAUUGCCAUCGGCGACACAAACAGGACCGGCUCCGAGGUGGUGUUCAAAAUUGGACCAUUGCGUUGCUACGGCAACAGAUUCCUGUGGAACUCUGCAUCCUUCUACCAGGAGACGUCGUAUCUCCACUUCCCCCCUCUUCAGGCAGAGCUGACCCUUGACCUCUCACUUUACUUCAAGACCAGCACCCUCUCGGGGGUCCUCCUGGAGAAUCUGGGGGUCCAGGCCUUCAUCAGGUUGGAGCUAAGCUCUCCAUCGUCUGUGACAUUCAUCUUUGACCUCGGCGACGGCCCCAUCAGCCUCACAGUCAGCUCCCCCGUCGCCCUGAACGACCGGCAGUGGCAUCACGUGCGUGCGGAGCGCAACGUGAAGGGGGCGUGGCUGCAGGUAGACCAGCUCCCCCCGCGCCGCAUCGCCGCGCCCCCCGAGGGACGUCUGCACCUGCAGCUCAGCGGACAGCUGUUUGUAGGUGGGACCGCCUCACGACAGGGGGGCUUUCAGGGCUGUCUGCGCGCUUUGACCUUGAACGGCGUGGCCCUCGACCUUGAGGAGCGGGCGAAGACGACCCCAGGGGUGUCUCCGGGCUGCCUGGGUCACUGCAACGGCGACAGCAUCUGUCACCACGGCGGCAGGUGUGUGGAGGAGAGCAACAGCUACGUGUGUGACUGUUCGCAGACGGCCUACGGUGGCCCUCACUGCAGCACAGUCAUGGCGGCAGCGUUUGACGGCGGAUCCUCCCUCACCUACUCCUUUCAGGAGACGCUGUCCGGGAUCCGGGACAGAGUCUCCAAGAGCUCCCCUGCCAAAGAGGAGGCUGGGGUUGCCAUUCAGUCGCCGGACAGCUUGACACUGGGUUUCCAGACGAGACGCACGCCAACCAUGCUCCUGUUGGUGCGGGGGGUCGGGCAGCGCUACGUGGCGAUCAUCCUGAAGAGAACUGGAAGUAUGCAGAUCAAGUAUCGUCUAGACGAGGACAAGGAGCCAGACACGCUGAGCCCCAGGUCCUCGAGUUUAUCCGACGGCAAGCUACACUGGCUCCGACUCAGUCGCCAAGGAAAGGACGUGUAUGUGCAAAUAGAUGAUGGCCUGGCGCAAAUCUUCACGCUGACAUCUGGGUCUUCCCUCAGCCCUUUGAGGAGUGUGACGCUUGGCAAACUCUCAGGAGGUGACAUCAUGGAUGAAGAGGUGGUCGAAGCAGGAUCACAUGGUUUCAUUGGCUGUCUAUCCUCGGUCCAGUUCAAUCAAGUGGCCCCUCUGAAGGAAGCUCUGAGUCACAGAAGCACAUUGGUCAGCAUAAGUGGCCGUCUAUCAGAAUCCAGCUGCGGCUCAGCCUCCAGUCCAAACACUCUGGCCACAACUCAUUCGCUCGCCGACCACUCAGAGAAGGGAGACCGAGGCAAAGAGCCACGGAAGGAGAUGGAGCACAAUGAGUCAGCAGUAAUCGGAGGUGUGGUGGCUGCGGUGGUGUUCACCACCCUCUGUGUUAUGGGGGUCAUCAUCCGCUUCCUGUACCAGCACCGGAGACCCCGACCCCCUCCUGCUAAGGCCGAGAAGAAGGAGCAGCGCGCCAACCUGGACCCCCACCCUCCUCACUCGCCGCACCUGUACCGGACUGAGCUGGACCUCCACAAAUCCACCAGGGACCAUAAGGAGUACUUCAUCUAAGCGCCUUGGGGGUUCUGCUGCCAUGGCAAAUCCCCCUGUUCUACAGGAGACAGGAAAUGAAACUGUAUGGCACUCAUGUAAAAUGCCACCCAAAAGCCUUCUACCCCCCCCCCCCCUUCUUCUCCACUGUCUUUAUUAUGGGCUAGCCCAGGAAAGGGGUGUGGCUCUACCUGAGAGGGGGAGGGUCCCUCACUUUGGAGAUUAUGGAACUCUUUCCAUUGGAAUUGUGGGAUGUGGAGUCUUUUUUGUAUCUGUUACUAUCUAAAUCACUCAUGAGUAAAUCACACAACACACCAGUACAGAUAUGCAGGUUUUUUUCAUCAAUCACUUUGCAUCUUCACAGUCAAACAGUGUUUGGCCUCCAAGUUGUUGGCAUAUACAGUACUGUUUAAUCUGUCAGUCGCUGUUGUGGUUUUUCUAUGUCGGAGCAAAGCUUGUAAACAAUGACAAAGACUUCAACUAAUCAACCAAACCAACUUGAAGUAAACUCUAGGAUUCAAGGACCCUCCAGUGAAGAGAAGAAAAUAUACAAAUGCAAGAGUGUGGCUUUGAGUAUGCUGAGCACUUAACAAGUGUUCAAAAAAUGGCUUAUCCCUGCAAUGUCUCAUAAUCGGAUAUCUACUAUUUGGUUGUAGGUGACAAUCAUUUUAGUGUCCAAAUGCGAUGGGAGUGUAGUCAUGUUCAAAGCAUUGUUGUUGUUUUUUUCUGGACCGCUGGCCUGGCAUAGCAUAACAAGUAAAGACCCCUGCACAGUGGCUCCCUGUGUCAGCCCUGCAGCAGUGCCAUGUGACCUUUCGUCCUUCAGGUGCAUGGUGAAACUUACAGACUGGUCCAAGCAAACCGGUGCCUUGGCCUGAUGUCCUCUUCUUUAAGUGCAUUAAGAGUCUGAGGAAACAGCUCUACAACAAGAAAAAAAAAAACCUCUUCCUUAUUUUUCGUCCUGUUCAUAUGGACAUUUGUUUAUUUCUUCAUUUUCUUCUUCUUUGUGUGUGUGCGUGCGUAUGGUUUUGAUUGGGGUUGUUUUGUUGGGGUUGGCUACUACUGUAAAUGUUUGAUGUAAAUAGAUUUCAUAAAUAUAUUUAAUAAAUUAAGCUUUUCUACAGCUUUAUGUGCAUAA